AUGAACUUUACCCUUCGACCGGCAGGCAGCGGCUCAUCGGGCGGAGGAGGCCCCAACAUGGAGAACCUCCAGAAGCAGCUGCUGUGUCCCGUCUGUUUGGAGAUGUUCUCCAAGCCUGUUGUCAUCCUGCCUUGCCAGCACAACCUCUGCAGGAAGUGCGCCAACGAUGUCUUCCAGUCGUCCAACCCGUCAUGGCAGUCCCGCGGCUCGUCCAACGUGGGGAGUCGCUUCCGCUGCCCGUCUUGUCGACACGAGGUGGUUUUGGACCGUCACGGCGUUUACGGUCUACAGAGGAACCUCCUUGUGGAGAACAUUAUCGACGCGUACAGGAGACAGUUGGACUCCAGGCCGUCCAGUGUGAAGCCGGAAUCGCUGACGUGUGACGAGCACGAGGAUGAGAAGAUCAACAUCUACUGUUUAUCCUGUCAGACGCCGACGUGCUCCAUGUGCAAAGUGUUUGGAUGUCAUAAAGAAUGUGACGUGGCGCCACUUAGUAGUGUCUUCAACAGACUUAAGACGGAAUUGAGCGACAGCAUCGCCGGAUUGGUCGCCAGCAAUGACAACAUCCAGGCGGCCAUUACACACAUGGAAGGCUUGUGCAACGCUGUCCAGGAGAACGCCCACCAACACCGAGAGGAAAUCGCCAUUCAGUUUGGAGCUCUGACGGCCAUUUUGGACGAGCGUAAACAAGAGCUAGUCCGCCUGAUUACGAGAGAGCAAGAUGACGAACUUCAGCGGCUACGGCGGAUAAUCGGCGAGCACAACCAGAAACUGGAGGACGGGAGACAGCUGGUCGAGACGGCGGUUCACGCCGCCGACCACACGCACGCCGCCGUCUUCAUCCAGAAUGUCACUGUCAUACUGGACAAGAUGUCAGCGUGCACACGUGACGUGAAUAUUUUGCGGCCGCAACUGUCCUUCGACAACAUGAGUCAUUUUGUCGUGGACGUGGACGACAUCGCCGACAUGUUGAACGACAUCCACUUCCGACGCAGUGAAGAUGACCUUGAAGAUGACUCGGAGGUCGACUGA